CGAGUGAGGCCGGGCCGGAAACGUGGGAUCCGAGCGUCGCGUUCCGCCUGCAGGCCCUUCCAGGGCUUCCAUUCCUGAGUGCCUUCUCCGCCCGGGUUGCGGCCCCUGAAUUUUGUCCCACUCUCCCUGGACCACUUCCGCUUGCCGGCCCUUGCCUGGAAACUUCGGUUCGGGUGACCUCGGCCCCAGAUGCCCCUCUGCUCGCCCCUGGCUCACGUCCUGAUCGCCGCUUGACUGACCCGAGGUGGGGGACCUGGAAGUUUUAGCCUCGCUGAUCUCGAGGCGGAUUAAUUAGCCCAAGAAACAUUAUAUUCAUUUUACUGGAUAUGCUGCAGAAGGAUCCGUGCCAGAAACAAGCCUGUGAAAUACAGAAAUGUUUACAAGCCAACAACUACAUGGAAUCUAAGUGUCAGGCUGUCAUCCAAGAACUUCGGAAGUGUUGUGCUCGCUAUCCCAAGGGAAGAUCUCUCGUCUGCUCAGGAUUUGAAAAAGAAGAGGAGGAAAAGCUGACACUGAAGUCCACAUCAAAGUAAAGUUCUGCGGAGAAGUUCAAUGCUGCACCACCUUUCCACCAAGCGAGUUCUAUUUAUCCUCCUGACUCUUCAGGCCAGGUAGCAGCAAAUAGCAAAUGAAAAAGUCAACUAUAAAAGUUAAUAAAUAUGCCAUCUAUGCAGAACAGAUAGAAAUAUAUUAAACAAAUAUGUAGAAUGUAAUAAAACUGAGCUGCUAAAAUAAACCUGUUAUGUG